AUGGUCCUGAGCCAGACUCGCCGGUGCCCUGGGGCGGCGGGACCCCGAGCCGCAGCCCAGCCUGGCGGCCCCCAGCCCGGAAAGCUGGGGGCUGGGCUGGGGACCCACUCCGGUUCCCCUGGAUCUCGCCCCGCCCGGUGCCACCGCCGCGGGUUGGGUUUCCCCGAAUGUGCCAAGUCCAGCUGAAGCCACUGUGGGUGUGAGGAAGGCAGUGCAGCACCAUGACUGCGGCACAGGGGCUUCUCCUCCGCCCCAUCACCAUGGGACUGCUCCUGCAGAACCUCUUCCUCCUCCUCCUUCUCCUCCUGGGCUCCUGCCUCCACCCAGCCGCUGCUUUCCCCAAGGGCUGUUACCCCUCGGAAGAGGAGGGGCUGAAGACCUUUCGCUGCAGCAACGCUCAGUUGACCGAGGUCCCCAGGGACAUCCCCAAUGACACCAACAAGCUCUACCUGGACUUCAACCAAAUCCCCUUCCUGCCUCGCGAUGCCUUCCGGGACCUGCCACUCUUGCUGGAGCUGGACCUGUCCCACAAUGCCAUCGCCAGAAUUGAAACUGGGGCUUUCCAGGGCCUGGCAGAGCACCUGCACUCUCUGGACUUGUCUUCCAACAGGCUGGUGUCGGUCAGCAAAGACGCCUUUAGCAACCUGAAAGCCAAGGUGAACCUGUCCAACAACCCGUGGCUGUGUGACUGUCGGCUGCAGGAGCUGAUCCGUGCCGUGGAGCUGGCGGCCGACUCCUCGGGGGGCAUCGUGUGCGACUCCUCCACGCAGGAGGAGCACGUGGGCAAAGCUUUCCUGCAGGUCAUUGCUGACACAGACUUCUGCAACGUGUACAAGAAGACCACGGACAUCGCCAUGCUGGUCACCAUGUUCGGCUGGUUCGCCAUGGUGAUUUCCUACCUGGUUUACUACGUGAGGCAGAACCAGGAGGACGCCCGGCGGCACCUGGAAUAUCUCAAGUCACUGCCCAGCAAGCAGCGGCGAUCGGAGGAGUCGUCCACCAUCAGCACUGUGGUGUGAGCACCAGCAUCCUGCAGGACAUGGGCACGUGUGGAGCUGGGGACCAGCCACUCCAGGGGCUGUCACCAGCCACUGGCAUCGCACAGAGAUACUAAUGGAUUUGUUCUGUUCUCCUCCUGGCAGCAGCAGCCGUGGCUGAUGAGUCCCUGGCUCUGGUGGGUGAGGACGGGGAUGAAAAUCAGACAUGAGCACGGAGGAUCCGCAGCAUUCUCCCAAGUUGUGGAGGACUGGAGCAACCUGGAGCAUCCCCCUGGCGUGCAGCCAUUGCUCCGACUGACUUGGACAUUUGGACUUCAUCUAAAACUUUUUAUAUUUCCUUUGCAGAGAUCCCUUGGGGCAUUAAUGGAAUCGAUGUUUUCAUCUCUCCCCGGCUCCCCCUUGGCUGCCCAAGGCAUGGUACGGCAGCCCAGGGCAGCCUGGGCCCGGGUGUCUGCUGGGAGGGCAGUGGGGAGGAGCAGUACAGGUGCAAGGCCAAUGCCCUGCCAGGUCACUGGCCCUGGAGGGUCACGGACUUCGAGGGCAGCCAGCGGGACCAAGAGGUGGGGCAGGGGGUGGGGACGCACCGGUUGGUGCCGCCCCAUCUUCCGUUUCAUCUCCCUGCCCCUUUCCCGGCGCUCAGGCCAGGUGGGGCAAGGGCUGUGGGGGUCCCCACUCAGACAUGGGGGCACUGAUGGGAAAACCCAGGGCCUUUCCCCUCGAAGUGUGGGCAACGAGAACCAAACGGGGAAUGAACUCCCUGGGGCAGAGCCCUUUGGGGCUGCCAAGGGAUGUGGGUGCUGAUGGAAGGGCAGCUAGGGGUCCUGGCAGUGGGUCCAGCCCUGCUGGGAUGCUGGGGGAGUGGGUUUCCCCUCGGUGCUCUCGGGAACCACGUGGGAGGGUGUUUGCAGCACCUUUGGCCAUCUGCUCGUGUCACUGCCAGAGGGGAGCUCCCACCUCACAAGCUGCUGACCGGUCACUGUGAUGGGAAGCAGGAUGGAGGGAGCUGCCACAGCUCCUCUGUCCUCUCCCCACUCCUGCACUGCUGUCAGGAGCCUGAAUCUCCCCUAAAAUAUCCCAAAGUCCCUUCUUGACACUUCCAGUAUUGGGCUGCAGUUUCCUGGUGGCAGUGGUGGAGGUGAUGCUGAGCACAGGGCUGGCACAGGCAGGGGUCAGUGCCCAUUUUGGGCAUGCAGGGUCCAAGUGGCAACUCGGAGCAAAGCCAGAGCAGCUGCCGACUCUUCCACCUGCCUGUCUGGUCUCGGGGACAUCUGGUUUUGCUGGUUUUGGCCUUUUUUUAAACCAACCAAUGCUAAAUUGCCUUAACUCACCAAGAGCACCAACCAAAGCUGCUGGAAGCUCCUCUGUACUGGGCCAGACCUGCCUUGUUGCCAGGCCCAGCCUCAGCCCCUGGUGUGGGCAGCCCCAGUCGCUGCCUGGACCCUCGUGCCUGCUGUCGGUGGGAGCCGUGGGACUGAGCCGGCCAGGAGCAGGGCCCACGCCCUUCCACAAGUGCCUGAUUCCAGCACAGAGCAGGAGCUCUGCAACGCACAAACACCUCAGCCCCAGCUCCCAUCCGGGCGUCCCCGCAGCCCCAAGGCAGCUCCUUCCCUCUCUGCAACAGGCUGAGGAGAAAAGGGGCUGGGGGGGACCCGACUGAACCCCCUCAGGCUGCUCCCCCAGGCCACUGCUUGUGCCCGCAGCAUGGGGGAUGCCGGGACCACCCGACCCAUCUGUGUUUGGGUUAAGGGACAUUUUAGUUCUUACUUUAUAUGAUAAUAAAGUUGGCUUUUACUUUGGAGCCGGA